GCAGGGAACGAAGAUGAGGGUCAGCCAUUCGCCCCAUUUCAGAGCAAGGAAGAAUGGGAACUUAGCUAUUGGUUAAGCACCGAGGGAAUUUCAAAAGGUGCUAUUGAUUGUUUCCGAAAACUUCAAUGGGUUAAUGGCCACCCUCAUCCUCUGAGUUGGCAGGAUGCAUCGACACUGUACCAGCACGUCAGAGAAAUGCCUGGUCCUCCUUUGUGGAAGUCAGAGGUUAUCAUUGUGAAAGAAGCCCCAUCAGAACCACAAACCCUGUACUGGCGUGACCCUGUGGAAUGUGCCCACUUCCUAUUUCAAAAUCCCAACUUUAAGGAGUCCAUGACAUAUGCUCCU